AUGGCCACCACACUUGCAGACCUCAUCUUCAUCCCUGCACCAGUCAUCGGCCAUAUCAAAUCCACAAUCGAAAUCGCAAAAUUACUGGUAAAUCGAGAUCAAAGGAUCUCCAUAACCGUCCUUAUAAUAAACUCGCCAUCGGGCUCCCGUCCUGCCUCCGCCAUGGCCACCUACAUCCAAUCGUUAGCCAACAACUCCAUGGACCGCAUACGAUUCACUCAACUCCCUCAAGACCAAAUUCUACCAAACCGUGACCCGAAAGCUCCAAUGACUUUCGUCAAUGAUUUCAUAAACAGUCACUGCAAAUACGUUAGAAAUGUGGUGGCCGACAUGAUGAGUCAACCGGGUUCCGGUCGGCUCGCUGGGUUCGUCAUCGACAUGCUUUGCACAGGCAUGAUCGAUGUGGCUAAUGAGUUCAAUGUUCCAACCUAUGUCUACUUCACUUCUAAUGCUGCUUAUCUUGGCUUUCAAUUUUAUAUCCAGAUGAUCUGUGAUGAUCAUAAUCAAGAUGUUAUCGAGUUGAGCAACUCGGAUGGUGAGUUACAGGUUCCGAGUUUUGUUAAUCCGGUUCCGGUGAAGGUGUUUCCGUCAGGGUUCGAUACGAAAGAAGGGUUGGAUUAUGUUCUAUUGACUUCCCGGAAAAUGAGAGAGGCAAAAGCGAUCAUGGUUAAUACAUUUUUGGAACUGGAAACACACGCAAUCGGGUCGUUAUCUUCUGAAAGUAACGUACCGGUUGUAUAUCCGGUGGGACCGAUAAUCAAUCUAGACGGUGGUGCCGGAGAAAACUCGGAAAAUGACGUCGUCAGCUGGUUAGAUGAUCAACCGCCAUCUUCGGUGGUGUUUUUGUGUUUUGGGAGUUUGGGAAAUUUCGAGGAGGUUCAAGUGAAAGAGAUUGCUCAUGCUUUAGAACGAACCGGCCACCGUUUCUUGUGGUCACUUCGUCGACCUCCUUCACCGGAGCAAACAUCAAGAGCCCCCGGAGAUUACGAAGAUCCAGGAGCGGUGUUGCCGGAAGGGUUUCUACAGCGGACUGCCGGAAUAGGGAAAGUGAUCGGAUGGGCACCGCAGGUGGCGGUGCUGGCUCAUGAAGCCAUUGGAGGGUUUGUGUCCCAUUGUGGGUGGAACUCGGUGUUGGAGAGUUUGUGGUUCGGUGUACCAUUGGCGACAUGGCCGAUCUACGCAGAGCAGCAGAUGAAUGCGUUUGAGAUGGUGGUGGAGUUGGGAUUAGCGGUGGAGAUUAAAUUGGAUUAUAAGAAGGAUUUGUUUAAUCCAGAUAGCGAUAUAGUCACGGGAGAAGAGAUAGAGAAGGGAAUAAGACAGUUGAUGGAUGAUAAGGAGGUAAGAGCGAAAAUGAAAGAGAUAGGGAGGAAGAGUAGGGCGACGGUGAAAGAGGGAGGUUCGUCGUAUGCUUCUGUUGGUCGUAUCAUUGAGGAUUUUAUAAGUAACAUAUCAUCGAGUUAAGUUUAGGGGCUAUUUGUUUGUGAUUUAAUAUUAUGGAGAGCUUAUUCAUUAAGUCAUAUCAAAUUGUUUGUUUGCGGUUUAAAA